UGAGAAGAAGAUACUUCGGAUACUGGGGUAAUAGUAUGUAUGUGUGUGAGACCAGCUUAAGAAGACCCAGAGCUCGGUGUUCAAUUUAGGGGCCUAACUAAUCGGUGUCCCAUUCAAAGGUGCCUGCAGAAAUUCCCAUUUCUCCUGCAAUCGAUCGGACGGACGGUGAUUGGAGGUCAUCUCUGCAGAUCAAGAAAUUAUUUCAAGUCAAAUUCAACAGUGAGAUCCAGGCACAAGCAAAAUGGAUAGUGGAACCGGAACCACGUUUGUGAAUUCCCAAACGCAAGUGCCCUUAAGUACUGCUUUUCAAGUGGCAGCCGCUGCUAGUUCGAUUCACACAUCUGCCAACUCAGUUAGUCAAUUUCAAGAUGCCAUUAUGUCAAGGAUUGGGCGAUCAUUUGGAUUUCCGCCGGGUUGUGAUUUAAAGGACCUUGGGAACCUACAGUUUUCCGGGGCUGGCGUUAAUUCGGUCCGACCUGAUGGGCUGGUUGGGUUUCCAAUACUGCCUCAUAUGGUCACGCAACCAUCUCUCUUUCACCACCUUGUGGAUUCCCGUAUUUCUUCGGCAGCCGCAGCUGCGGCCAGUGCUUUUCGGCCCUUCAUGAACUGCUCAGCCAAUGUAGAAGGCGGCGGCGGAAAGGGCUACCCAUCAGCUUUUCAGGCGCCUCGAUCUCAGCCUGAGCAACAGAAACGGUUGUCCUCCCCGACUCUGUUCUCACCCGGACAAAACCUUUAUCCGAAUAACUCAACAGUGUCUGUAACAUCUUCAACGCCGUCUCCUACAUGCAAGAGAUACGACGAAAACUCCAAUUCGGCCAGUAAAUUGGUGCUAGAUCGUCAUGACUCAAUCUCGCCCAUCUCUGCCGAGGGUAGCAGCAUUAUGGACGAUAAUAUUGCUGAUCAUUCAGCCAAACGAGCACGCUAUUCGCUUGUGGAAGGAGAAUGUUGUCCAAUUUGUGGUCUCCACUUGGCUCACGCCGAAAUAGAAGCGCACUAUAAGAAGGAGCUAGAAAUCUUAAGCAAAGUAUCUGACGGUUUAAUGCAAAAGACACAAUUCAACGCCGUAGACGGAUCAGAUGAAAGCCAUUCAGGAUUUAGGUCUCAAACUCACCAUCAACACCAUCAUAGUAAUCAUCACAACCACCAGUCCCAACAUCACCACCACCACCAACAACAACAGCAGCAACAGCAGCACCCACAGAAUGUGAUGGACCCUCUCAACAAGCAUCAUAUGUCCCCAAAAAAUCCAUUAGAGAUUGCACCACGAUCGCGUUGGGAUACGUUUCAACGCAUUCAACGCAAUCGCCAGAGCCGCAUACGAGUAAAACUAUCUCGACGCGCCGGAAAGCGUCCCGACGAGAUCUUAGAAGAGGAAGGCCAAGAACAAUCCAACCAACUGGACGAACAACUAGUACGACAAAAAGCGCAAACGCACCUUAGAAAAUUGCCGGCUUUAAGCAACGCUGAAGUUGGUGUUACCAGUAAUGACAAUGCAAAUGACGAUGAUAUUGAUAUAGUAAGUUGUGACAAGAACAAUAGCAGUCUAUCUUCAACGGAAGGACCUCAAGAUUGGCAAAUAUACGGACCUGUGCAGUACACUGAGGCGGAUGUGCUCGCUUGCGUCAGUGAUGCUGAAAAGGAAAGUAACGAUGGGGCCAAUACGCGCGACGACAAUGACUCGACAUCCAACAACUCCAACUCGAUUGAAACCAUUGAAAGUAUCGAGGUCUUACGACUGAAAUUAGAGGAAUUGGAGCGAUUGAACAAAUGCUCCAAAUGUCAGGAACCCAUUCAAAAGCCAGUGGUCAAUAUCUCUUGUUGGCACAUCAAAUGCGAAACUUGUUGGCUGAGGACUUUGGGUACUUCAAAGUGUUGCACUGUUUGUGGAGUAACAUCAGUUCCCGCAGAUUUGAGGAAAGUUUAUGUAAAUUAACCAGUUUCCAAUUUACUGACAAAUAUCUUGGCUGAAGUCAAGUUUUGUCAUGACAUGUUAUCAUUAGAAAAUGUCAGAAUAAAUAAAUCCGUUUUCGUUAUCUCUGC